AUGAGCAACCGUCAACAAGGUUCUGGUCAGCAGAACUAUCGACGGUUCUAUCCUCAGCAACAACGACCGCCGAACACUCCACUGUAUGUCGACACUGGAUCGUAUCAAGGACCGCCACGACGACAAAAUUAUCCAAACGAGGUGGAUCCGGGUAUGAACGGGGACGGUUGGCAAGGACCUGGUGGCCGUGGAGGAGCACAUCACAUGAAUGGUGGCGGAGGAGGAGGAAAUCGUCGGGGCGGUGGUGGCGGGUACAAUCAGAGGAUGCCCCCUAGUCAGCACCAUGGUAAUAUGAAUCGAAUGAUGCCACCUGCUUUUCGACCGCAACAACAGCAAUACAUGCCUCCGUACGGGCCUCCAAUGGGUGGAAUGCCCAGUGAUGUCAUGGAUUUAAAUAUGCGAAUGGAUGGUAUGUCGAUGAGUUCUACACCGACAAUGCCUGGACAAUUCGGAGAUAUGGGACCACCAGUGCCACCACCACCACAGCAGUGGAAUCAACCGGCUCCAUUCGCCGCACCGCCCCCACAACAAGACGAUCUCUAUGAUCCGACUGGUGGAUACGGAGUACAUCAUCAUCAGAUGCCACCGUAUGCUCAACAACAGCAGCAACGUGGCAAUGGUGGACAAAACCAAUACGGGAAUAGGAUGAAUCAAGGAGGUAACAGAGGAUACCAGCAACGACAACAAGGAGGAUACAUGCAGCCAAUGAUGGUACCUCAAAACCAACAACAAUUCUACGGUGGAAAUCAGAAUCAUCAGCAACAACCACCAUUCGCACCGUCACCAUUCUCAAUGACUGGAUCUCAGACAUCACAUGAUCAUCAUAUGGGGGGUGGUGGAAACCAUGGUCCGAAUGGAAACUUCGGUGGAUCUGGCGGUGGAGGAUCGUCCCAAAUGGAUGAUUAUUCAAUGUGGACUGAUGAGAACGAUGAAGAGGCGAAGAGAAAGAAGACGUUGAGAGAUAAGGGUCUACUUGCGUGGGGUGAUGCUGAGACUUCAAACAGCAAACCGAUUCGCCGGUGGAUUGUUCCAGAAGGACACGAAGAAGACUUCGACACUGCAAUGGAACGAUGCCCAAGUCAUCUGAAGAAGAAGGCGCUGAACGAGGAAGCACUUCGUCGUCGUUUGGGAUCCGAUAAUCCACAAAUUGCUGCUCAGGCUCAACAACAAGCUGAGGAAGAAGCGAACGCCACGUUGAAGAUCGGAAGACGCCCCAUAAUUCCAUGUGGCUGGGGAGAUCUUCCAUCGGAGUUGGGUGGUGAUAAAAAUGAGUUUGAUCAAGGAUCAUCGAAAGGAUGGGAUGAUGGAGGUCUGGUGAGUGGUGGAAGUGGUGCACGUCAUCAUCAACAACACCAACAGCAAAACGAGGAUAAUAGCUCGUUGUGGAACAAUCCAAUUUCUGGUGGACCAUCGUCGAAUGAAACACGUAAUCCAUUCUUCGCUCAUCACAUGCAGCAACACCAACAACAACAACAACAACAACAACAACACCAACAGCACUAUUCGCAAGGAGUCUAUGGUGAUAACGGAGUGCUUGAUGGUGGUUCUGUUUGGUCUGCUGUUAUGGAUGGCUCGCCGAUGGGACCUCCUCCUCCAAUGAGUGGUGGACCGUCCUCCUCGUCAGCACCAAUGCCGAUCGGUAUGUUGUCGAUGAUGACCGCCGGUGGUGGUCCAAUGUCUGCUGACGUUGACGGUAGCCAGUCGAAGUUGGCUGAAAACCUGAAACUAGCGGUCGAGAAAGGGCAUUUGGACAUUUCGCUGCUAUCUCUUCCUCACAUACCGCCCAACGUGCUCGACCUGCUCACCGAAAUUUUGACGGUUAUUCCACGUUUGGACAAUUAUGAGGAUGAGCUCAAAAAAUUGGGCGACAAUCGUCCUUCGAAUAGUGAGGAAGGAACAUCACAGGGUGAACAGGAGACGACUUGGAUGAAUAAGGACCAAAAGAACGAGCACGAAAAGGCAGUUAUCGGUGUAGUGACUGCGAAGAUCGAGGUGACUCAAUUAUCCAAAAAGAUCACUGAAGCACUCGUUGAAGCUGGUCUCAUUCCUGCACCACCACCACAGUUGAUCUCAAAUCCUAACCAUCAUCAUCAUGGAGGACCCCCACCAGGAUCUGAUGGAGCUGGUCCAAGUACCUCAGGAGGCGGAGAUUACAAUGGAGGUGGAGGACCACCAGAUCACUACUAUGACUACUCGUUCCUUGGCUAG